CUUACUCCUCACUUUCUCCACUCAAAUCACACCCACAGGCCACAGCCAUCUGAAUUCUCAUGUUACUACUUCACAUUCAUACACUUGAACCUUUUCUGCUCGUAAUCUGAGUCCCAAAGAUUAAAUCUUUGGCACAUAAUUAUGCUAUGGAGGCCCUCAAUGCUGUUGGCUUGACCCCUUUAUCUGUGCUUUCUGACACAAGAAAACAACCCAGAAAAUUCUCUUCACUUGCUGCAAUUUCCGCGUGCAAAGUUUCAAACUUUUCCACUUCUAACAACACCCAACCUACUUUGCAACAGUGUUUAUCCAAGGGUCUGAUUCUUGCAGCUUCUGUUUUCAACACUGGACUUGCUGCUAGAGCUUUAACAUAUGAAGAGGCUUUGCAGCAAUCAGUGAAUGCUCCUUCUAGUUCUGGGGACUUUGAUAUCAACGGAGUUAUAGAUAGUGUUAUCAGUUUUGGAACAGAGAAUCCUGCUGUUAUAGCUGGAGGAGUAGCUAUUUUGGCUGUCCCUCUGGUCUUGUCACAGGUUCUGAAGAAGCCUAAGCCAUGGGGAGUUGAAUCUGCAAAGAAUGCGUAUGCAAAACUUGGUGCUGAUGACAAUGCUCAGUUGCUUGAUAUAAGACCACCUUCAGAAUUUAGGCUUGAGGGUACACCGGAUGUUGGAGGUUUGAGGAAGAAACAAGUUUCAAUUCCUUACAAUGGUGCUGAUAAGCCAAGAUUCCUGCAGAAACUUUCUUUGAAGUUCAAGGAUCCAGAGAAUUCUACUCUGUUCAUUCUGGACAAGUUUGAUGGGAACGCCGAACUCGUUGCUGAGUUGGUCACUGCUAAUGGAUUUAAAGCUGCUUAUGCAAUCAAGGAUGGUGCAGAAGGACCACGGGGAUGGAAGAAUAGUGGGCUUCCUUGGACACCACCAAAGAAAGGCUUGAGUUUGGAUUUUGGCAAUUUGGCAGAGGCUAUUGGAGAGAGCUCUGAUGGUUUGGCUGUUACUCUUGGGAUUGCUGCAGCUACCGGACUCGGUGUAUUAGCUUUUACUGAGAUAGAAACAAUUCUCCAACUUUUAGGAUCAGCUGCAAUUAUUCAGUUUGCUAGCAGGAAGCUUCUAUAUGCUGAGGAUCGAAAGCGAACACUACAACAGAUCGAUGAGUUCUUGAACACCAAGAUUGCCCCUAAGGAGCUUGGUGAUGAAAUAAAGCAAAUUGGAAAGGCUCUUCUACCAACUUCCACCAACAAUAAGGCUCUUCCUGCACCAACUGAACAAACCUCCGAGCCUACUACAUCAGAUACGACUGUACAGAAAGCAGAAGCUACUCCUGACACUAUAUCUGAGUCCAAAGUAGAUGCAGUAGCAGCCCCUUCUCCAGAAAUAAAUUCGGCCGAAGUUAAGGCACAAUCAAUUCCAGGGACCCCAACACCCCUUUCACCAUACACCAGUUAUCCUGAUUUGAAGCCUCCAACAUCUCCCACCCCUUCACAGCCCAAUUUACAGAAAGCAGAAGCUACUCCUCCGGACACUAUAUCCGAGUCCAAAGUAGAAGCAGUAGCAACACCUGCUCCUGAAAUAAAUUCAGCCGAAGUUAAGGCACAAGCACCUCCAGCAACACCAAGACCCCUUUCACCAUACCCAAGCUAUCCUGAUUUCAAGCCUCCAACAUCUCCUAGCCCUUCACAGCCCUAGAAUUUUGUUGUUGUAUACCAGGAAGAGAAUUAUAUAGCAGGGAAUCUUUUGUGUAAAAUUUCCAAUGCCAUAUCAAAAUCUUUAUGUACAAUGCAAUGGUCUUGCCACAUAAAAAUCUUAAACUUACCUAGCAUUUUAGGUUGAAGAUAAGAUCCAUGUGGUAGGUUGUAUUAUUUACAAUCUUUUGUGAAUACUCUUCAAUUUAUGCUACUUUCUACAAUCUUUUUGUAAUUGAUGGAUAGUUUAUAGAGUUGACUUUCAUAUUA